AUGCUUUCCAUCGUAAAUGAGAUCAUCACAAAUAUUUACUCGGCAUUGACAGUCACUCAUGAACAACGUUAUGUUCAUGAUGCAUUACAAGCAAUUGAUAAUACAGAUAGGUUUGCAUUACUCAAUGGCCGUACACGUUCUCCAGGCGAAAAUAAUUAUGGUGCCAUACACGACAUCCACACAUUUGUCGUAGCUAGCGAGCAUCAUACGACCAUGAUUAAAGAAUGGAAACAUGAUAUUGAAGCCCGACGAGAUGAAACAAGAAACUAUUUAAUUUUAGGCGAAGGUACUCUGGAAGUACGAGAUGAUGAAACACAGAUUGAAAUCGUAGGUACUGGAAUUCCAACAAGCCCAAUUAAAACGAAAGUUGCAAUAGUCCCGCCUGUGACUGCAACCAAUGCGAUUUUAUUUCCCACAAAACAGGAUAUCGUCAAAUAAUUUACGCUAAAUAUACAGCAAAAAUAUUCUUUUAUGAUUGUUACUAGUCACUUAGAUGGUGAACAUUAUGCUUAUACCGGUAUGUUAUCUCGAUUUUGUUGUUGUAUGGUUUUGUUAGUCUUGAUAUUUAGGUACUAUCGAUAAUCAGUUAUUAAUGUGUAUACCUGGCUGUGGUGGCACUGGAAAAUCUCAGUUGAUUCGUGCACUCACCAAGUAUUUCCAACUAACAAAACGGGGCAAGAUGUUGCGUAAACUGGCGCCAAUGUCUAUAGCAGCAGCUGAGAUUGACGGAUUAACUAUUCAUUCAUUUUUAGGUGAAAAUCACAAAAACUGUAAAAAGAAACAAACCCGUACAUUUAGACUUGGUGAUAUGAAGUUAGAAAAUGAAUGGCGUCAUGUGAAGUACUUGAUAAUCGAUGAGAUGAGCAUGGUGGGACUUUAAGUCUCUUAGCUCAUCUAAAUCGAAUAGUCAAAACAGCCAAGCACGUAAAUUCUGAGAUACCUUUUGGCGGUGUCAAUGUCAUUUUCUUCGGCAACUACCUUCAAUAGUCUCCUGUUUUGGACGAGCCUCUAUACUAUAGCUGCGCACUGACACAACAAAUUACAGAACGUCAGAUAGAUAUGUUGUGUGCACAGAAGCUUAUUUCU